GGUGCGGCGCGGGGCCCGCCGGGACCCGCUCGUUGCCGUAGCGACGGAAGCCGCCUCCGCCUCUUCCGGCCGCGCAUGGCGCCGUCUCUUCCGGUGCGGGGAGUAAUAUGGGGACAAUACACCUGUUCCGCAAAUCACAGAGAUCACUGGUUGGAAAGUUAACGCAUGAGUUUAGGCUGGUUGCAGCAGAUAGGAGGUCGUGGAAGAUCUUGCUGUUUGGUGCUAUAAAUUUAAUAUGUAUUGGCUUCCUGCUAAUGUGGUGCAGCUCUACAAACAGCAUAGCUUUAACAGCUUACACAUAUUUGACAAUCUUUGACCUUUUCAGUUUGGUAACAUGUCUAAUAAGCUACUGGGUAAUGAUGAAGAAACCCAGCCCAGUCUAUUCAUUUGGGUUUGAAAGGUUUGAAGUUCUAGCUGUAUUUGCAUCUACAGUUCUGGCACAGCUUGGUGCUCUUUUUAUACUGAAAGAAAGCGCAGAGCGGUUUCUGGAACAACCUGAGAUACACACGGGGCGACUGCUGGUUGGUACUUUCGUGGCUCUCUUUUUCAACUUACUUACAAUGCUUACCAUUAGGAAUAAGCCUUUUGCUUAUGUCUCUGAAGCUGCCAGCACAAGUUGGCUUCAGGAACAUGUUGCAGAUCUUAGUAGAAGUAUUUGUGGAAUCAUCCCAGGAUUGAGUAGCAUCUUUCUGCCACGAAUGAACCCUUUUGUCUUGAUUGAUAUUGCUGGAGCUCUAGCUCUUUGCAUUACAUAUAUGCUCAUUGAAAUCAACAAUUAUUUUGCUGUAGACACAGCUUCUGCUAUAGCAAUUGCUUUGAUGACAUUUGGUACCAUGUAUCCCAUGAGCGUCUACAGUGGGAAAGUACUACUGCAGACAACCCCACCUCAUGUGAUUGGCCAGUUAGAUAAACUUCUUAGAGAGGUUUCAACUUUGGAUGGUGUCUUGGAAGUUCGAAAUGAGCAUUUCUGGACAUUAGGUUUUGGCACGUUGGCUGGAUCAGUACAUGUGCGAAUUCGGAGAGAUGCAAAUGAACAAAUGGUACUUGCCCAUGUCACUAACAGAUUAUACACAUUGGUCUCUACCUUGACUGUUCAGAUUUUCAAAGAUGACUGGAUCAGACCUACUUUAUCAUCUGUGCCUAUUGCAAACAAUAUUCUGAACCUUUCGGAUCAUCACAUUAUUCCAAUGCCAUCUUUGAAAGCUUCUGAUAAUUUGAACCCUGUUACAUCCACUCCAGCUAAGCCCAGCAGCCCACCGCCAGAAUUUUCUUUUAAUACACCAGGCAAAAAUGUGAGUCCAGUCGUCCUUUUAAACACUCAGACAAAGCCCUAUGGAUUGGGCUUUAAUCAUGGAUCAGCGCCCUACAGCAGUGUGCUCAAUCAAGGACUUGGAAUACCGGGAGUGGGAGCAACUCAAGGAUUCAGAACUGGGUUUACAAAUGUCCCAAGCAGAUAUGGAACAAACGCUCAUGGUCAACCCCGACCAUAAUAAACACCAUUAUUUAUUGUA